ACUGCUGUCCAAUCAAAAAUCAAGGGAAUGAUCUUCCAACCUCUCCAUUUCCCAUUCAGGAAACUGUUUUUGCUGUGUUCUCCUUGUCUUGGGAAAUCAUCACAAUCUUUUCUCGUCCCGUAAAUGGAGAAAGAUGAUUCUGCUGUUGCUCAGAUGGGCCGACGACAGAAGCGGAAAGAACUCAAGAACAUUGAAUUUACAUGCAUUUUUGUCUCCCAUUGCUUAAUUUUGCUGCUAUCUACGGUCAAAUCGUCGGCCGAAGCACAAGUUGACAUCAAAAGGUCGGAUUUCCCACAUGGGUUUCACUUCGGAGCUUCCACUUCUGCAUAUCAAGUGGAAGGAGCAUCUCUUGAAGAUGGUAAGAGUUUGAGCAACUGGGAUGUCUUUUGCCGGAUUGAAGGUAGCAUAGCAGAUGGGAGAAAUGGUGAUGUAGCUGAUGAUCAUUACCAUCGUUACAUGGAAGAUAUUGAGAUAAUGCAUUCACUUGGUUUGACUGCUUACCGCUUUUCGAUCUCUUGGAGCAGAGUUCUUCCUAGAGGGAGAUAUGGUGGGGUUAACCAAGCUGCUGUCAGCUUCUACAAUAGUAUUAUUGAUAAUCUCCUACUUAGAGGUAUAGAGCCUUUUGUGACGAUUUUCCACAACGAAUAUCCUCAAGAACUUGAAGACCGAUUUGGGGGCUGGCUCAGCCCACUAAUGCAGGAAGAAUUUGUCCAUUUUGCUGAAACAUGUUUCAGCUAUUUUGCUGAUCGAGUUAAGUACUGGAUGACAAUCAACGAACCAAACUUAACUUCAGAAAUGAGCUAUGAGAGGGCAACAUACCCUCCGGCUCGGUGUUCGCCUCCUUUUGGUCACUGUGCCAGUGGAAAUUCAGAUGUUGAGCCUUUGAUUGCGGUGCACAACAUGCUAUUGGCACAUGCCAAAGCAGCCAAAUUGUAUCGUGAACGAUUUAAGUCGAAAGUGAAUGGUGUAAUUAGCAUCACUGUGUUAGCAUUUAUGUACACACCAUUGACAGAGGAUGAGGCUGAUAAGGAAGCUGCAAACAGGGCCUUAGCUUUUAAUGUUGCUUGGGUGUUGGAUCCACUUGUAUUUGGGGAUUAUCCUCCAGAAAUGAAGCGUAUUCACGGAAGUGAACUACCAAGAUUCUCAUUGGAGGAAAGAGAGCUUCUAAGAGACAGUGUAGACUAUAUCGGGAUAAACCAUUACGGCACACUCUAUGCAAAGGAUUGUAUCCAUUCCACUUGCUCCUGCAAUGAGUCUAGCUGCACCCAAGGUGGUGACCGUCCAAUCCGUGGGUUUGUGGCCACUACUGGAGUGCGCGAUGGUGUUACAAUUGGGGAACCAACAGGAAUGUCUCGAUUUUUCGUGGUUCCAAGAGGCUUGGAAGAUAUCGUGCGCUAUAUUAAGGACAGAUACCAUAACAAGCCAAUGAUAGUAACUGAAAAUGGUUACUCCUCGCCGGGCAAUGAAGACGACAUCUACAAGCAUGAUGUCAAGAGAAUCCAUUAUCAUCAGUCGUAUCUUGCACAUCUUGCUCAAGCUGUGAGGAACGGCGCUGACGUGCGUGGCUAUUUCAUAUGGAGCUUGUUGGAUAACUUUGAAUGGUCGAAUGGAUACACUGCAAAAUUCGGAAUAUAUCGGGUAGAUCGUCAAACGUUGAACAGGAUUCCAAAGCUGUCAGCUGUUUGGUAUAGAGAUUUCUUGAGGAAUUCCAGCCUUAUUGAUGUGCACUUGUCUAGUACAGUCUCAGGUGUACACAGAGAUGCAGAAUGGUGAAACAGAGUUCAAUUAUUUUUUUCAGGAUCUCUGCAAAUGACAGUAUUCUUGUGUUCUUGGUUCCGAAAACUCUUACUCAAAUCAAGUUUGAUCGAACCAAACCAAUCAUACAAUUAUCAUAUGAUUGGUCACUUUUCGCAAACUGUACAUCUAUCACACGACAAGUGUAUGUACAUUGGUCAUAUAAUUACUUCACGUUUUCUGCCAAAUUCAGUUCGGGUUUGGAAUUCUCCUCUUGGUUCUCCAGUUACAAUAGUUUUGUGACCUUGAUGUGGCCAUAGUUCCAUUGUACAUAAAGGGGUAAAUUGCUUUCUACCCCUUCUACUCUAAUGUUAUCUCACUUUACUC